GUUGAAAAUGGCGACGAUAGCGUGCCUCUCGCGACGCGUGUCGCCGUACGCGCGGCACUUUCGCGACGUCACGCGUGCGUACGCGUCGUGGCGCGCCGACCGCGGCCUCGGGAGGAUCCAGAAGAGCAUCGGAUUGCUGACCGGCGCCUCCGUCACGUUUCUCCUGGCCCAGCAAUGUUUACGGCCGAAGGUGGUGCACGCCUUGAAACCUCGCAAGAGAGAAGAUGAUCUGCAUAAAGCGGUAAGGUUGACUACGAGGGAGAGGAGAUUUAUAAAAUUUGCGUCAGUGGCAUACGAUGGUCAGCUGUACAUGACUCCGCAGGAUUUUCUUGAUAGCGUCAUUGAUGCCGAACCUCGAGUGAGAUUAAAGAGGCGCGUGCUGACCGAUCACGAGCUCGAAGUGAUGAGAAAUUCGACCUCUUCGCUACGCCAUGGAAGCACACAUAUGUUCCGAAAUUUACGAGACAAAGGAAUUAUUUCUUAUACGGAGUACCUGUUUCUUCUGUCCAUCCUGACGAAGCCGAAAACUGGUUUCCAAAUUGCCUUCAAUAUGUUUGAUACCGACGGAAACGAGAGAGUCGACAAAACUGAAUUUCUUGUGAUUCGUCGUUUACUCGGCGGCAGUCUGAAGGAACGGGACCUCGACGAGCCAACAAAACGUGCAUUACGUGCCAUAAUUUCUUCGAGCGAAGAGAAUGUAGGCAAGGCAAAACUUCGCGAAGUUCAUCCGAAUAAAUCAGACGAAAUCGUCACAAAUUCUUAUAUGGAGAAGAUAUUCAGUCACGCUUGGAGGGGUCGUCAUGGGUGCGAAACCAAAGAGGAAUUGGAACAAUUAGAGAAACGCCAGAAAACGCCAGAAGAAAUUCAAGGCCAAUUCAUCGACGACGAUCAGGGCUUGCAACGACGUCACGCUGUGGAUACUACCUUGAUGGUACACUUUUUUGGCAAAGACGGCACUAACGAGUUAAGGUACGAAGAUUUCAAGCAUUUCAUGGAGAACUUACAACAUGAAGUAUUGGAGCUGGAGUUCCACGAAUACAGCAAGGGACACGACACGAUCAACGAAUUGGAUUUUGCCAAAAUCUUGUUGCGAUACACGUAUCUCGAACCUGACGAAUAUGACAAGUAUUUGGACAGAAUGUUGGAUCGGGCGGACUUGCAUAUUGGUAUCACGUUCGAGGAAUUCCGACGCUUCUAUCAAUUUCUAAACACUCUGGACGAUUUCGCGAUAGCGAUGCGAAUGUAUACGUUGGCCGAUCAUCCCAUAUCCAAAGAUGAAUUUCAACGAGCUGUAAAAAUAUGCACGGGAAUGAUGCUUUCGACUCACAUAAUUGACACGGUGUUCGCACUGUUCGAUGACGACGGGGACGGUCUACUGUCCUACAAAGAGUUCAUAGCGAUUAUGAAAGAUCGGCUGCAUAGAGGCUUUAAGUCUCAACAACGCAACGAGGGUUGGGAGGCAUUCAAAUUCUGCGUGAAACAAGAGAUGAAAGCACCUUGAAGGAAGAAUCGUGAUGAAGACGCAAAGAAGAUAAAAAUACUCGUUAAUUUUACACAAAUGCUGUAUAUUUUCUGAUAAUAUUGAUUGUCAAAAAAAUGAA